AUGACAUUUAUGGUUUUAGAACGAAAGAUUUCUAUGCGAAAGCCAAGAGAGGAGCUGGUAAAAAGAGGGGUUCUGUUGGAAGAGCCUGAGCAGGAUGGUGAAGAGCCAGAGAAGCUGAACCCCCCUGCACUGAAGAAUGGCCACACAGUCCCCAUCAGUGGGCCCGGGGUCUGUGACCUGCCCAGCCAGGAGGAAGAGGCCACGAAGCCCUCCAGCCUUAGGAAGCCUGUUCCAGCAGAGGAGCCAAAAAAGAGGCAGGGCUCCUCCAGCAGCCACCCUGGGCCCGAACUGGAACCACCUCAGGAGCCACAUGUUCCCAGACAGCCUCUCCUCCCUCCAAAAAGACCUCCCUCCACCUCCCAGGAGGCAAACGAGGCGCAGGCAAAGGACCCAACGCCCGCCAGCAGCUCUGCAAGAACUGCCCCCUCCACCACAGCCCCCACUGCAGCAAAGACAGUCAAUCCCACAGCUGCCCCUUCCCCAGCCCCCAGGACUCUGCUCCCUGCUCCUGCCAGUGCCAACACUACUGCUCCCACCAGUACAACCAGCACAGCUCCUGCCAAACAGCCUCCUGUCCCCCCACCCAAACCUGUCAACAGAAAUAGCAACUCACUAAUAGCUGAACUUUCCCAAGCAAUGAACAGUGGUACCGCCUUGUCCAAGCCUUCCCCUCCUCUCCCCCCGAAGAGGGGCAUCGUGCCCAACAACACGUCAGAGGUUGUCCCCUCCAAGCCCCUCAACGACAGGACGGGGACGGCGACUCGCCCGGCGCCGAUCCCGCUCCGCCUGCCCCAGAUCCCGCUGCACAUCCGGAUCCAGCAGGCUCUGAACAGCCCCCUGCCCGUCACCCCCCCUCCCGAGGGCUCCCACAGGGCUCACUCCCUGCUCUUUGAGAACGAUGGAUUCGGGGAUGACAAUGGCACCCUGGGCAGGACGAGGUCCCUGCCCGUCACCAUCGAGAUGCUCAAAGUUCCAGACGAUGAGGAAGAGGAAGAAGACGACCAGGAGGAGGAACAGAAUCUGGGUCCUCGUGUAUAUAUUGGAGAUGUGCCAUCUGUCACAGUCAUCCCCAAACUGGUACCCCAGGUCCUGCCAGAGGAGCAGGAAGGAGAUGAAGGGAUGAGCGACUCUGACUCGGAGGGGCCCAUCCUGUACAAAGAUGAUGAGGAUGAGGAGGAAGAUGAAAGCCAUAACAGCACGUUGGCCAACAAGGUGAAGAGGAAAGACACGCUGGCUAUAAAGCUGGGGAACGUGACCGCGCCGCAGGAGGACAAGAUCGUCUUCCCUCGGAAGAGCAAGGAGGAGUGGAAUGAGAUCCGGCACCAGAUUGGGACAACGCUCAUCAGGCGACUGAGCCAGAGACCCACAGCAGAAGAGCUGGAGCAGAGGAACAUCCUGCAGCCAAAGAAUGAAGCUGACCGUCAAGCUGAGAAGCGCGAGAUCAAGCGCCGGCUCACCAGAAAGCUUAGCCAAAGGCCUACGGUGGCAGAGCUGCAGGCCAGGAAGAUCCUGAGGUUUAAUGAGUACGUGGAGGUAACAGAUGCUCAGGACUAUGACCGGCGAGCGGAUAAGCCGUGGACAAAGCUGACACCAGCUGACAAGGCGGCCAUCAGGAAGGAGCUGAAUGAGUUUAAGAGCUCUGAAAUGGAAGUGCAUGAGGAGAGCAAGCAGUUCACGAGGUACCAUCGACCAUAAUCUUCCAAGAAGGGAGCAAGAGACCUGAGAGGCCUGGAAGUUCUCUGCGUCCCUCUCCUAGGCAAUACAGCGAGGGUGGAACCCCCUGGCUCUUCCAAGAUUUGCCUUCCAACCAUGUCCAGAAAAGGGCUUUCAGCCAGGGAAAGGGGAAUCCUGUCUGAAUGUAGCAUUUCACUGGAACAAACACGUCUCUCGUGCCAUCAGGCUGGAACUGACACUAUACCUCGUGUGGCUCAGCAAUAACCCCCUGCCAGGAGACCAUGCCCAGGGGAACAGACUCCUUUUUGGGAUGCAAUUCCUCCUCUUUUCCACGAGGAAGGGGGGGGAAAAAAGAAAAAAAGGCAGCUCUAGUGUUGGGAAGCUGAGGAGAGGAUGUGCUUGGAAGCACGUGUGUGUAUAUUAGCUGUGUACAGAGAAACCUGGCACACAACUGACAUGUCACUCGUUAUUUUUUGGGGUUUUGCUUGUUUCUGUCAUGUCCUUAAUGUCCUGAAUCACUACUGACCAACGGUUUGUUGUGCUGGAAGGGAACUGUAUAGGUAUUAACAUAUGCUGCAUCCUUUUUGUAAAAAAAAAAAACACAAACAAAAUCAAACAAACAAAAACAACAAAAACCACAGAUGUAUAAAACAUUCCCUCCCCACCCUCUCACACUUGCUGUGAUGUUAAUAACAGAUCUUGAGAUAUCUAGGAUUGUUUAACAAAUUACAGAACCAGAAAAAUGACUGUUGCCUUUUAAAACUUUUUAAUUUGGGGAAAAGGUGAGAGUAGUCAAUCCUUUUUAUUGUGGCUUCCUCUCAGAUGUUUUUUACUCUCCCAAAUCAGGGUUGAAACUUGCCUUUUUUUCUCAUUUUUACAGCUAAACCUACUGGAAACUUGAUGAAUUUCACUGUGUGGGUCGAAGGGAGUGGAGGAAGAGGUUUAAAAAGUGACCUUAAAAAGAUGAUAUUUCUCUUCUGAAAGAAGUUCUUCUGAAAUGUGGGGUUUUAAAAAAAAAAAAAA